GACGGGGCAGAGCGGCCCGGCCGAGGGAGGCGGCGGGCGAGCCCGGGGCUCGGCGGCACCGCCCGGCUGGCUCCUCCCACAGCGCCCCGGUGAGUCGGGGGACGGCGGCGAGUCCCCCUCAGCGGGGCUGAGCUUCGCAUCACUGAGGAAAUAAUAUCAUAUAAGCAUUAGUAUGGAAAAGGCCACCUCAGAGGCUUGUUUUAACCAGAAAAGCUAGACUGCGUCCUUGCUUCUCCUCAGGGUCUGUGUGAGAAUGACCAUGUUCUUCUGUUUCCCAUGCUUCCUAACUGGAUCUCAACGUAGCUAUAGUUUGGAAGAGAGCAGUAAAUAUCCUGCUCAGUUAUGAGAAACAUUCACCAACGCAAAACAGUCUGGAAGAAGAUUUCUCUUAAGAAAAUCAAAGAGCACAGAACCCUUUGAUAAAACAGAAGACAUUUAGAGUUUCAUAAGCUUUUGGCUGUCUGAGUCUUAAAAAAAAUGAACCGUUACACAAUUAUGAAACAACUGGGUGAUGGCACCUAUGGCAGCGUGUUGAUGGGGAAGAGCAAUGAGUCAGGAGAACUUGUGGCUAUCAAAAGAAUGAAAAGAAAGUUCUAUUCAUGGGAUGAAUGUAUGAAUUUGAGAGAAGUGAAGUCUCUGAAGAAGCUAAACCAUGCCAAUGUAAUAAAAUUGAAGGAAGUCAUACGAGAAAAUGACCACCUUUACUUUGUAUUUGAAUACAUGAAGGAAAAUCUUUAUCAGCUAAUGAAGGAUAGAAACAAGUUUUUCCCCGAGUCAGUCAUCAGAAACAUGAUGUAUCAGAUAUUGCAAGGGCUGGCUUUCAUCCACAAACAUGGAUUUUUUCAUAGGGAUAUGAAGCCUGAAAACCUUCUCUGUAGUGGACCAGAACUUGUGAAAAUAGCAGAUUUUGGGUUGGCUAGAGAACUAAGAUCUCAGCCACCUUACACAGAUUAUGUUUCUACCAGGUGGUACCGUGCUCCUGAAGUUUUGCUGAGAUCAUCUGUCUACAGCUCACCUAUUGAUAUAUGGGCAGUUGGCAGCAUAAUGGCUGAGUUGUACACACUCAGACCUCUUUUCCCAGGCACAAGUGAAGUAGAUGAAAUCUUCAAAAUUUGCCAAGUACUAGGGACUCCAAAGAAGAGUGACUGGACAGAAGGAUACCACCUUGCUUCUGCCAUGAAUUUCCGUUUCCCACAAUGUGUCCCUAUAAGCCUAAAAACUCUCAUCCCAAAUGCAAGCAAUGAAGCAAUACAUCUUAUGAGUGACAUGCUGAACUGGAAUCCAAAGAAGAGACCUACAGCAAGUCAGGCUUUGAAGUACCCUUACUUUCAAGUUGGCCAAAUUUUAGGACCUCCUCCACAGUAUCUGGAGAAACAGACUCCUGUUAAACCGGUUCAGCCAACAGAGCCAAAGCCAUCUUUACCUAAACUGGAAGCUAAGCCAGAACCUCUGUCUUCACCUGAUUUAUCUGACAAAACACAGCCACAGCCUCUGCCAAAGGUUAACCACCAGCCCCUCCAGCAAAUUCAGUUGCCUCAGAACACAGCUAACCAGCAAGUACCAAAGCAGCAGCAGCCACAGGCACAACCACUUUUUCCAAUUAUCAAUAAAGACUCAUCGCCUAAACAAGCAGCUAGUGGCCCUCUGAAUGGUGUACUAGGUCCUAAAACCUGCAGAAGACGGUGGGGUCAGACUUUGGUAAAGGCUAUGGAUAGCUGGGAUGACUUGGAUGACCCUGAAUUUGGAAUGUCAUGUUCAAAGAAGCCUAGCAUUGCACUGUCAAAAGAAAAGAAAAACAAGGAAUUUCUUUUUAGUGUGCCAGAACCAAAAGCUUCAUGCUGUAUCCAGCCAGGAGGGGAAAACAAAACAGUUCUGAUGAGAAAUGAUUCCGAAAGAUCAAAUACAUCAGCAAAAGAUUACUAUAUAAACCAAUCAAGAUAUCUGCCUGGAUGCCCAGAGACUCUACAGUUCAAGUCCAAAAGAAAAGAAAAUUACAAAGGGCGAGGAACUUCCCUAUCUAAAGGUGUAAACCCGAAGACUGUCUCUUUAGCAGCAGUCAAUAAAGAAGGAUCACACAGAACCUGGAACAACCAGUUGUUUUCUAAAUCACUGGCAAAUGCUGGGGGAGGAUUGACUUACAGCAGAAAUACUACAGAUGAGAACUUAAUUAUACCUAUUGAAAAGCUAUCAUGCAAAGAAAGGUUGAACGAAAAAUUAGAGGAUCCAAAAGGAAAUCCUGGCUUUGUAAGUAGUGGUGCUUACAACCCAUUGGGACUGUACACCUCUUCCUUCCAUAAAAAAGAAGUUGGAUCAGCUGGACAAAGGAUACAGCUAGCACCUCUUGGUGCACCUGUAUCAGAUUAUUCCUGGAAAACCAAAGCUGCUCGUCCUCCACUACCAGGUCCUACUUUCAAUUCAGCAGCAAAAAACAUGAGUAUCUUAACUCAGCCCCCAACAAUUCAGCGAGUACAUGGGGGAACAGACUGGGUGGCCAAAUAUGGAGGGAACAGAUAAAAAAUGCCAUCCUGUGUGGAUAUUACGUGCUCUGUGUUCAGUUCUCCUGCACUUGGAAACCUGAAAAGCCUAUUUUCUCCAGCUUUUCCUAAGACUAUGCAAUAUAGUUCUAUUACCUGUAUAGUACAUGUAAUACCAUGUAAAAUACUGGCUGUAAAGUAGGAUGCAGGGAAGUAUUGUACAACACAUAUUGCCAAAACUGAGAAGUAGAUUUCACCUGACAUUUUUCUAUAUAUAGAUCUUCUGUUCUCGUACUCUUUAGAACAACUCUUAGGGUUGUUCAUCCAGUGCAACAUCUGCUGCUGGUAUGUGCUUGAAGCACACGAGCAGCACGAAGAAGGGCUGAAGCAGAGCAGCACCAGGCUUCCAGGUGUUAGGCUGGUUCCUUAGAUGGAAGAUGAGAGUGAAAGCACGGAUCUGGCUUUGUGAAGAACAUCAGUCUUCAAGAACAUCCUCUGCAAGGAUUUCAGAAUUCACUUGUAAAAGAGUAACUCAGGGUCUGUAAGGUGCAAAUAUUCAUGUAGCAGUGAGAACUGAAACCCUUGUAGCAGGACAUAGGCAAUCCACUGAUAGAUACUACACAAGGAAGGUCUAGAAAUUUGGCUGAUACAGGGCUGUUGAAUGAUAUAGCAACACUGAAAAACAGCUAAACAAGUACUGAAUACGACUUACCAAGCUGUGACGUGAGGCCUAACAAUUAAAUUUUGCUGUUUUAAUUACCUUAUUGCCAUUUUUGGCCAAAGAUCUGUAGAGAUUUAUCUCUGUGCUGUCAAGGGAGUGUCACAGUGAUCUUUUAAGGAGCCUAAAUCACUGCAGUCUGUCAGUCAUUUUAAGGGUGAAUUAACCAAAAACGCCUAAAUUAUCACUAAACUCUUGUUCCUACCUGUCUUUAUUGGGUGAUAAACUAAACUACAAAGUUUGAAUAAGCUACAUGAGGAAGGAUAUUGGUCUGUUCUUCAAAGACAUUGCUUUCUGGUUUAGAUCUUAAAGGCCAACUUAGGUACCUGAAAACACGCACAAAACUUUAAUAAUUCAGUAGGUCACUGUUUAUGUGCUCAUUCAGUACUUUCCCCAGCUUUUAUGCUAACUUUUAUAAUAAUAUUGCCCAAAGGACUUUGCAAUGUACAGUACAUUGUUUAUUAGGAUGUUGAACUGGACUACUUCAAUUAACAACUGCAUUUAGAAUAAAUGCUUUAGACUUAAUAGUGACAUCAAACUUGCCAUUUCAAAGUACAAACUGAGUAUAUUCUUCAAAGAUGUAAAGUUGUUAAUGAUGACUUCAAGCAUUGUAAAAAAAGAAAUUUAUUUGUAUGGCUUUUAGAAAUGGAUAUUAAAAUUUAAAUUCCUGUUGUUGA